CCCCAUUCCGUCUGCUUCCUGUGCGCUCCACCUGGCCGUGUGCUGUCAGGUUCAAAAAUGAGAAGCUUUGUUUCCUUUCUGAUCUCAAGUCCCAACCAAGGGCAGGAAAGGAAAGUGAAAGUAAUCCCCUGCGGCUUCAGCCUGUUGUUAUUUUGGUGUUUUUUUGCCAUUCUUCUGCUUCGCUUCUAAUCUUUCACACCUCCUCUACCUCCUUGAUUCCUCGCCUCCUUCCUCCUCCUUCCUCCUCCUGCUUCCUGGCCCCCGCCCCUAGGUCGCUCAGGACUCGCUGCCUCUUAUCUUUCAGUGAAGGCGUUGGUUCCUCAGAUGCCCAAACUGCUCAAGUCUCUGUUCCCGGCGCGGGACGACAAGAAGGGUUUGAGGCCGUCGCCGCCCAGCCAGCAGCACGUGCCUCGCAUCCUGUCGCCUCCAGGGGGCGACGAUGGCAAGAUGAAGGCGGACAACACGGCCGCACUCCUGCGAGCCCCGCCCAGAGACCGCCGGUCCGACCAGUCGGAAGUCCCGCCUCUUCCUGUGCAUGACCCGCAUGACAGCGCCCCCCUCAGCCCGCUCAGCCAGUCGUCCAGCGGCUACUUCUCCGCUAGCGUCUCCACGGCGACCUUGUCCGACGCCCUGCAGCCCUCGCCCUCCUCGUCCUCCUCCCUGCUCGCCGCGGAUGCCGCCGCCGCCGCCCCCCCUCCCCACCGCAACGGCGUGACCGCAGACGACUUCCUCUCCGUGCAGACUCCGGCUCAAGGGGGCCCGGCGGACGGGGGGGAGCGUUGCCGUGACGACGCGGCGCCCGACUGGCUGACGGAGGGCGUCCACGUGACCAUCGGCAGCAGCAAGGCGGGCACGGUGCGCUACGUGGGAGCCACGCAGUUUGCGGAGGGCGUGUGGGCGGGGGUGGAGCUGGACUCCCCAGUGGGCAAACACGACGGCUCGGUCGGGGGACGCCGCUACUUCCAGUGUCGAGCGGCGCACGGCGUGAUGGUUCGCCCGGACCGCCUGACGCGCCGAGACCGCAACGGGCGGCGGACGCAGGACGUCGGCGCCCCGGGUCACGUCCCCGUCCUGAGAGGCGAGAACCGCAAGUCGUGGAGCAGCUGAGACGCCAUCUUGGUGGCGUGACGACAGGAAGUCAGUAGGAGGAGCCUUUUUCCCUUGAGUUUGGGGUUUGUUUGUUUUUCACCCAGAAUGCAUUGCUGCAGCCGCGCUCCACCUCCCCGGUCUUCCCACGGCGUGCCUUCAUCGGCGCGUGAGGCCACCUCAGGGACUGCAGGUUUGUGCCGCCACGCCACUUUUUGUGUGCAAUACGCUCCACCGCCAACUGGGGGGAAAAAUGACAUCGCUCUUAUUUUGAAAGGACUCUUAUUUUGGCGGGGAAACGUUAUAAAAAUGAAGUCCACCACAAAAAAACUUUCCAGCGAACAUUCCAGAGACUUCAACUCGUGAUUUAUUUAUGGACGUCAAUCUGACGAGUGGCGAGGCCCACUUCCUGUCGGUGAAUAGGCUCCGCCCACCGCACAGGAAGUCAUCCGUGCGGUGUUUGCCUGGCGACAGGAAGUGACGCUCGUUGGGCCUUCUCGUGUAACUGAACUUUUUUAUGCUGACGACUCGUCAAAGAGGCGGGUCGGUAAACUGUUGCUAUGACGACGAUAGCGACACAGAAGUACGGUGGUGAAAAUCACGCCGACGACGUUUGGAUCACGCUGAAGGAACUUUUUGUCGUAAUGUUACAAAAGUAGUAUCGGUCUUUUUACGUUUAUUUCAGUACGAAUGUAAUUUUACUCUCAGUAAAAAAAAAUCCUUAUAUUGCAAAUAUUUUUCUUGAAGAAAAAAAGACUUGUCGUACAAAUACGACUUUUUAUUCUGACAACUUUUUGCUUAUUUUUUUAUUACGACUUUUCUUGAAAUUUUUUUCACCAUUUCAUUUUUUUGUUUGCAACAUUGCAAUGUUUGUCUCAUACGAUUACUUUUUUCCACAACAAAUAUAACUUUGACGGAGCAUUACGACGUUUUGUCACAUUACGACGUUUUGUCACAUUACGACUUUUUGUCACAAUACGACGUUUUGUCACAUUACGACUUUUUGUCACAAUACGACGUUUUGUCACAUUACGACUUUUUGUCACAAUACCACGUUUUGUCAUAUUACGACGUUUUGUCGCAAUACGACGUUUUGUCAUAUUACGACGUUUUGUCACAUUACGUUUUGUCACAAUACGACGUUUUGUCAUAUUACGACGUUUUGUCACAUUACAACGUUUUGUCACAAUACGUUUUGUCAUAUUACGACGUUUUGUCACAACGUUUUGUCACAAUACGACGUUUUGUCAUAUUACGACGUUUUGUCACAUUACGUUUUGUCACAAUACGACGUUUUGUCAUAUUACGUUUUGUCACAAUACGACGUUUUGUCAUAUUACGACGUUGUGUCACAUUACAACGUUUUGUCAUAAUACGACGUUUUGUCAUAUUACGACGUUUUGUCACAUUACGUUUUGUCACAAUACGACGUUUUGUCAUAUUACGACGUUGUGUCACAUUACAACGUUUUGUCAUAAUACGACGUUUUGUCAUAUUACGACGUUUUGUCACAACGUUUUGUCUCAACAUGACGUUUUGUCACAUUAUGUUAUGCCACAUGGUCACAUUACGGCGUUUUGUUGAUCUUUACGACUUUAUUACAGUUUUUUAAGGACUUUAGUUUUGUGACAUUGCAACUUCUUCCUCAAAAAAAAAUCCUUAUAUUUCAAAUAUUUUUCUUGGAAAAAAAAAAGACUUGUCGUACAAAUACGACUUUUUAUUCUGACAACAUUUUGCUUAUUUUUUCAUUACGACUUUUUUCUUGAAUUUUUUUCUCACCAUUACAUUUUCUUGUUUGCAACAUUGCAAUGUUUGUCUCAUACGAUUACUUUUUUCCCCAACAAAUAUAACUUUGACGGAGCAUUACGACGUUUUGUCACAUUACGAUGUUUUGUCACAUUACGAUGUUUUGUCACAUUACGACGUUUUGUCACAUUAUGACGUUUUGUCACAUUACGACAUUUUGUCACAUUACGUUUUGUCACUUUUUGACGUUUCGUCACAUUACGUUUUCACACACAUUUUUUCCCAUUACGAAGUUUUGUCACAUAACGACGUUUUGUUGAUAUUUACGACUGUUACGUUUUUUUAACAACUUUAAUUUUGUGACAUUGCAACUUUUUCCUCAAACUCUGAUAACUUCGACAUAACAUUACGACUUUUUUCUCAUUUCACAACUUCCGUGUUGACUCACUUAGUUACGACUUUGUUCUUAUGAUUUUUUUCUUAAAAAUGAUGACUUAAAAUGUAAAGAAAAAUCCUAUAAAUAUUUUUAAUUACAACUUUUUUUCUAACUUUAUUCUACAAAUACAGUUUACAACUAUUUUCUAUUUUUAACAAUUACUACUUGACUUCACUUCAAAAUUAUGACUUUCAUGUAUAAACAAAAGCUUUUUUUUUUUUCAGAUUAUUACAUUUUCUUAAAAAUGACUACAAUUUACAGAUUUUGUCUUCAAAACAUUUUUUUUAUUAUUUUAUUGCAAACAAAAAAAACUAAAUAAAAAAAUGAUUUGGUUAAAUUUAAUUACUACUUUUUUCUUAAAAAUUUAAAUGAAUUACGAAAAAUGUCAUGACUUUUUUCAUAUUUUUAUCAAUUAUGACAGAAUUGCGACUUUAUUGCAUGGAAAAAGUUUAUGAAUUUUGUCCAACUUUUAUCAAGUUUUUACAUUUAAAAAUAAUUUUCUCAGACUAUUACAUUUGCUUAAAAACUACAACUUUUUUGCGACAUUGCAACUUUUUACUCGACAAACCUAAUUUCAGCAUGACACUACAACUUUUUUCUCAUAUUUCCGAACAUUAUGUGUCGUACGUAGUUCCGACUUUGUUCUUAUGACUUUUUUAUUGCCGCAUUUUUCUUCAAAACUAUCACGUACGUGUACGAAGAAAGUUUACGACUUUUGCCCUAUUUUUAACAAUUACGACUUUACUUUAAAAUUAUGACUUUUGUGUUCGAACAAAAGCAUUUUUGUUAGAUUGUUACAUUUCAUUAAAAAUAGCUACAAUAUAAAUACUUUAUUUAAAAAAAAAAAUUAGAUUAUUUAGUUGCAAACAAAAAAACUUAAAAAAAAAAAUUUGAUUAAAUUAAAUUACAACUUUUUUCUUCAAAAAUCUAAAAAAUUACGAAAAUUGUUGUGACCUUUUUACUAUUUUAAUCAAUGACGACUUAACUACAAAAUCGUGACUUUAUUGCAUGGAAAAAGUUUGACUUUUUUUCACAUUUAUCAAGUUUUUUCUUUAAAAAAAACUUGACUUAAGGGCACAAAAAAGUAUUUUUCUCAGACUAUUACAUUUACUUAAAAACAACAACUUUUUGCAACAUUGCAACUUUUUACUCGACAAACCUAACUUCGGCAUAAAACAACUUUUUUCUCAUAUUUCCGAACAUUAUGAGUUAGUUCCGAUUUUGUUCUUAUGACUUUUUUUAUUGACACUUUUUUCUUCAAAACUCUCACAUGUACGAAGAAAGUUUACGACUUUUUUCCUCUUUUUUACAAUUCCGACUUUACUUCAAAAUUAUGACUUUCGUGUACGAACAAAAUCAAAUUUUUUCAUAUUGUUACAUUUCAUUAAAAAUGACUACAAUUUUGAGACUUUGUUUUAAAUGAAAAUCAUUUGAUAGAAUUUAAUUACAACAUUUUUCUUCCAAUUUCUGACUUUAUUCUACGAAAAAUUUUAUGACUUUUUUUAUGUUUUCAUCAGUUACGACUUUAUUUCAAAAUUAUGACUUUCGUGUACGAACAAAAUCAAAUUUUUUUGAUUUUCAUUAAAAAUCGCUACAAUUUUGAGACUUUGUUUUAAAUUAAAAUCAUUUGAUUGAAUUUAAUUACAACUUUUUUCUUCUAGUUUCUGACUUUAUUCUACGAAAAAUGUUCUGACUUUUUUCCUGUUUUCAUAAAUUAUGACUUUGAACUACAAAAUCAUGACUUUAUUGUAUGGAAAAAGUUUACGACUUUUUUCCUCUUUUUAACAAUUCCGACUUAAAUUCAAAAUUAUGACUCUCGUGUACGAACAAAAUCAAAUUUUUUCAUAUUGUUACAUUUCAUUAAAAAUGACUACAAUUUUGAGACUUUCUUUUAAAUUAAAAUCAUUUAAUUGAAUUUAAUUACAACGUUUUUCUUCUAGUUUCUGACUUAAUUCUACAAAAAAUGUUCUGACUUUUUUCCUGUUUUCAUAAAUUAUGAGUUUGAACUACAAAAUCAUGACUUUAUUGUACGGAAAAAGUUUACGACUUUUUUCUAACGUUAAUCAAUUAAGACUUUUUACUAGUUUUUUUAAAAUACCUUUUUUUUUUACCAAAAUUAUGACUUAUUGUACAAAGAAAAAAAUCGUAUUUUCUUGAAAAUGUUAUUGCAACAAUGCAACUUUUUACUCGCACUACAAUUAAAACUUUACUUAACAAAUACAACUUUGACGUAGCGCUACGAUUUUUUUUGUCAUAUUACGAAUUAUUUCUAGAACAUGAUUUAAAUGUCGUAACAUUCCGACUUUUUUUUGUCAUAUUUUGACUUUUUUGGUGUUUUUCCCCUGAAUAAAUCAGUUCUGAAAUCCACUACUCAUCGUAAAGUUACGACAAAGUUUCUUGUCAGCGUGGUCCUAACGCCCUAACUAUUGUCUGACUGCACGCCGUUAUCGGACGUCACCUUGGGAGUAAUUUAUAUUGAAAUAACACACCUGAGACAUUUCAUCAAGUCUUCUUUUGAUUGCCUUUGUUUUUAUUUUGGAGGAAAAAAAAUUGCACAAAAGAUUCCAUGAACAAUUGCUGCUAUGAGCGCUGUGGACUUCUUGCCGUCGACGCGCAAAACGAGGAGUUUUGACCAUUUUAACGGCAAGAUGAGCAGUUGAAUAUCAUUUAUUGAUCGAUUGAUUAGCAGGAGGGUCGGUUAGAGUACGUGCAAGAUGGCGUGUUGUGAGGUUGGAAACAAUUGAAGGAAAGAAGUGUGAGUGUUUGUCAUUCUGGAAGGAAACCAUCUCUCUGUAAGUCAUGCAAGAAGUCAUUACUUUUCAUUGCAGUCGCCCCCUGCUGGCCGCUGGCAGUACUUUUUCCUAUACUGUAGUAACACUAGUACUUUUCUCAUAUCAACUUUUCACGUUCUUUUGCACAAAAAAAAGUGGCUUUUUUUAUUUUUUUUAUUUUAUUUUUAAUGAUGAUGGCCGAGAUGACUCAGCAAUAUUCUUGGGAUGUUUUACGAGGAUGAUUUUCACGCCACGUUUGUAACUUUGGUGAGACCAUCACUCGGACACUUUCCGUGGAAAAUAUAUCAAAUAAAAUCUUCAACCAUCCGCAAAAAGAAGAGUCCAGAUGAUGCGACAGAAAUGUGGUUUCUCUCUCGGUGAAGGUCUUUUAAAAAAGUCAAUUCCAUGUGUUUUAUUUGUUUUCAUUAAGAAGUUCUUUUGUUGGACGACUGUCUGCGCGGCGCCUCGCUCUGGCGCCCUCUGGUGGCUGACGUCAGAAAGGCAGUUUGAGCCCAUUUUAAACCCUGCAUAGAGUUCUUUUUCUUUUGCUACCUCCGUUUUUCUCCCGUGAGGCCUUUUGUGCAGCAACAUAACUUUUUGUGUUCCUAACAAGCACAAUCAACUAAGUCAUACAAUCUUUUCAUCAUUAUUAUUAUUAUUAUGAAUAAUAUGGGCAAUAACUAGUGACAGGAUUUCAUGUUCAGUUGUGGCGUGCACAUUUCAUGACUCUGCAUAUCCUCCCAAGUGUGUGUGUGUGUGUGUGUGUGUGCGUGUGUGUGUGUGUGUGUGUGUGUGUGUGUGUGUGUGUGUGUGUGUGUGUGUGUGUGUGUGUGUGUGGAAAAUAAUCUUGAGCAGUUGUUUUCUUUUUAGAUACUUUAAUUGUUUUAUGUUACUAUGCUGAAUUCCAAAGAAAAAGCCUGUUAUAUUCAUCAUCCAUCAUGUUUUUUGCUAUCAUCUGAACAAUAACCUGGCAAGAAAAAAUAAAUAAAAGAGUAAAACAGUA